GAUGUUUUUUGCAUCGUUGAUGGGUACGGAGGGGAGCAGGAAGAUUGCUUCGGCGUGGAACUCGAACUUGGAUAGGCUGAGAUGGGUGAGGUCGGUAUGACGAGCUUGCACACGUGGAAUGACUGUAGCUUUGAGUUCUUUGAGAGCAAACUCGGGGUCAGGCGUCUGGUUGCGCUGUGGAUCGUCUCAAUUAGCUAUUGCGUGACGACGGCAAGCAACAUUUUUCUCACUUGUCUUUGGAUUAUAUGGCUGGUUGUGACGGGCCGCGGGCCAUUGCGAGGAGGCAAGUCAGGUAGCCACCUGCGCUUCUCGGGAAGGUGGUCAUAUAUCGCGAGGCCCUUUUGCUCCUGACGGAAUAAGGAGAGGACACAGACGAUGAUGUAUCCCUUGAUGUUCUGAGGAGCGUAGGAGGGGCCGCCAGAUAGGAAGGUCUGGUAGUCCCUGCGAAUGUAAGGGAAAGCGAU